GCUGUUCCGUGCCGGGCCGGGCCCAGUGCUGCUGCAGGUUGUCCGGUAGGGUGCCUGCCGAGCUGCAAGCAUGCUUGUUGAUGUCAGGAGCAGAGAGAGAGGAGGGGAACGUGAGGAAUGGCUGAAAGCUGACGGUGAGCUCCUGCAAGGAAACGAAAAAAAAAAAAAGAGAAAGAAGAAGAAACACCGCGAUUUUCCGGCGUGUGGCUUGAGCUCGAUGUCUUAACCGGUCAUUAGCGACGCAUUUAUUAUUAUUAUUAUCACUAUUAUUUUAAUGGGACAGCGAAAACGCAAAAAAACGCAAGGUAGGCUGCCGCUCCUGUCGCUGCUACUUUAUUUUCACGGACUGAGAAAAAAAACGACAACACGGUGUUGAGAAAUGUUUCGCAGCAAGGUGAACGGCUCGUCCUCGACGGUGGUGGUGCUGCUGGUGCUGCUGGUGCUGGUGGCGGUAGCGUUUUAAGCCUUGCUCCGGACUCCCCGAGCUCCAGGCUCCGGACUCCCCGAGCUCCAGGCUCCGGGCUCCGGUCGCGCUAGCCCCCGGCCGGGCUCCACCGAACCAAGCCACAUGAGAAGCCGACGUCCGGAGUGAGAUUCAGCCCACAAACAAAAGCCACCCUCCCCUUCCUCUCCUUACCUAUUUUUUCCUCUUUUUUUUUAAUUUUUAUGUAUUUAUUAUUUUUUGUACUCGCUUAAAAGGACAAAAAAGAAAAUGCGUUCGGGUUUGUUUUGGAUGUGCUUGUGGUGUUUCCUUCGUCCCGUCGCCGCCGGUCAAGGGCAGUCGACGGCCGUGUGCUCGCCCUCAUGCAGCUGCGAUGAAGAUGGGGGUGCAGACUGCUCCGGGAGGGGACUGACCACCGUCCCGUCCGGGCUCGGUACUUUCACCUACUACCUUGACCUGAGCAUGAACAACAUCACCGAGCUCCCUGCAUACGUAUUCAAGAACUUCCCGUAUCUGGAGGAACUACGACUUGCAGGGAAUGACCUGUCAUUCAUCCACCCUGAAGCCAUGUCUGGACUGCAUCAGCUCAAAGUCCUGAUGCUCCAGAAUAAUCAGCUGAAGACUGUUCCCAGCGCGGCACUGAAGAACCUUCACUCUCUGCAGUCUCUCCGCCUGGACGCCAACCACAUAACGACGGUACCAGACGACAGCUUCGAAGGCCUCCAGCAGCUGCGCCACCUCUGGCUGGACGACAACAACCUGACGGAGGUCCCCAUCCGCUCUCUGACGUACCAGGCCAACCUUCAGGCCCUGACGCUGGCGCUCAACCGCAUCCCGUACAUACCAGACAACGCCUUCGCAAACCUCACCAGUCUAGUUGUGCUGCAUCUUCACAAUAACAGAAUCAAGGAGAUAGGAGACAACUGUUUCUCCGGCCUCGUGAACCUGGAGACGCUAGAUCUUAACUUCAACAACCUGAUGGUUUUUCCCAAAGCAAUCGAGGCCCUGCCCAAACUGAAGGAACUGGGGUUCCACAGCAACGACAUCGCCUCCAUACCUGAAGGGGCCUUCCAUAACAACCCGCUGCUGCGAACCAUACAUCUUUAUGACAACCCUCUGUCCUUCGUGGGUGCUUCAGCUUUCCAGAAUCUGUCUGACCUGCACUCCCUGAUGUUGCGUGGGGCCAGUAUGAUGCAGGACUUCCCCAUCCUCACAUGGACUAAUAACCUGGAGAGUCUGACUUUGUCGGGAACCAAGAUCUCGUCGGUGCCCAGUGAUCUCUGCGACGACCUCAAGCUGCUCCGGACGCUGGAUCUGUCCUAUAACGAGAUCCAGCAGCUCCCCUCCCUCCAGGGCUGCAUCCGGCUUCAGGAGAUAAGCUUCCAGCACAACCACAUCCAGCAGAUCGACAGGGACACGUUCCAGGGUCUCUCUGCUCUCCGUUUACUAGACCUGAGCAGAAAUCAGAUCCGAGUCAUCCACAGAGAUGCUUUCCUCACCCUCACUGCUCUCACCAACCUCGAUCUGAGCAUGAACUCUCUGACUGUGAUCCCAACGACCGGACUGAGCGCGCUCAGUCAGCUGAAACUCUCAGGGAACCCGCAGAUGAAAAAUGUGCUGACCGCGAAAAACCUGCCCAAACUCAGGUCCAUCUCUGUCCCGUACGCCUACCAGUGCUGUGCGUUCGUGGGUUGUGAGUCCGUGACGAGUUCCUCGGAGGAAAGCGACUUGAAGAAAUCUGCAGGUGGAGAGGACGUGGAACGUAUCUCCAUGAUCAUGCAUUGUUCUCCUUCCCCAGGAGCCUUCAAGCCGUGCGAGCACCUCCUGGGCAACUGGAUGAUCCGUCUGACCGUGUGGUUCAUCUGCCUGGUGUCGCUGGUGUUUAACAGCCUGGUGCUGGUGGCCACCUUCGCCCCCGGGCACCGGGCGUCCGGCCACUCGCACUCUCCUCUGAGCCUGAGUCCGGCUCUGUCCCCGGCCAGGCUGCUGAUGGGGCUGCUGGCUCUGGCCAACCUGCUGACGGGCCUGUACGUCGGGGUCCUGUCGGCGCUCGACGUCGCCACCUGGGGCUCCUUCGCCGAGUUCGGCGUGUGGUGGGAGAUGGGCCCCGGCUGCCGGGUCACGGGCGCCCUGGCCGUCUUCUCGUCCGAGUGGUCGGUGCUGCUGCUGUCGCUGGCGGCCGUGGAGCGCAGCGUGGCCGUGCGCGUGAUCCUCGGGAAGGUGAUGAUGUCGCCCAGGAGGAACGUUGGCGGCGGCGGCGGCCAUCGCGGAUGCCUGAGGGGAGACCGGCGCUUCAGCCUGGCCGCGGGGCUGCUGGGGCUGCUGGCCGCCGCCGGGGCCUGCCUGUCCCUCCUGACGUCCAGCGAGCAGUCCUCGUCCCCCCUCUGCCUGCCGUUCGCCGGCGGGGAGAGCCCGGCCCUGAGCGUCACCGUCAUCCUGGUGCUGCUCAACGCCCUGGCCUACGUGUUCACCGCCGCCGUCUACAUCCAGCUGUACUGCCACCUGGGGAGGGUGGAGCUGGCCGACCCGGAGCAGACCUCGGCCCUGCGACACGUGGCCUGGCUCAUCUUCACCAACUGCAUCUUCUUCUGCCCCGUGGCGGCCUUCUCCUUCGCCCCCCUCCUCACCGGCUCCACGGCGGGCGGCCCGGAGAUCGCCAAGUCCGUCAUCCUCAUCUUCUUCCCGCUGCCCGCCUGCCUGAACCCGGUGCUGUACGUGUUCUUCAGCCCGGCCUUCAGGGAGGACUGGCUGAGGCUGCGCGGCCGCGGGGGCUCGACCAGGGAGGUCAAAGCCUGCGGCGACCGAGACGACGGCGGCGGCGGCGGCGGCGGAGGAGGCGGAGGAGGAGCGUCGGAGCUCACGGACGGAGUCUCCUCCACGCAGCUGGGCUUCGACUGCGGGAUGUACUCGCAGCUCUGCGGAGACACGAGCGUGUGCGAGCAGUGCGAGGCGGCGCUGCGUGCCAGGACCUGCUCUUCCCCCUCGUCCUCCUCCGUCUGCAGACACUUGGUGAAGUCUCACAGCUGUCCCACCCUCCUGGCGGGAGCCGCCGUGUGCCAGCGCUCUGAAGGCUUCUGGGCGGACAGCUCCACGCCCUCGGCUCAGUCCGAGUACGCCGACGAGGGCGACUCCUUCGUGUCAGACAGCUCGGACCAGGUCCAGGCCUGCGGCAGAGCCUGCUUCUGCCAGAGCAGAGGCCUCCCCCUCGUACACUACUCAUACAACAUACCUCGAGUCAAGGACUGAAGAGUCCCAGCACGUAACUCUCACCGUCAUGUGAAUUUAGAUUUCCACGAGAAUUGACAUGUGCCAACUUACCCUGCGAUUCAGCGAGCACUUAACGUUUGUAAUUAACCGCGUUGGCAGCGAUUGCAAACAAUCAUUUAAAGGGAACUUGGCUUUUUGAACUUACAAAACUAUUUCUGAGUCAAUGAACCGAGCGCGUCAUGUUACAAACUGGUCAACGAUAAAGGAUCUUUAAAGGAAUAACCUCCCGUGCCUGCCUCUAGCUUCCGUUCGGCCGCCACCACGAUGCGAACCUCCACGUACGUGUCAAAGAUACACAUAUAUAUUUUUUUUCCCUGUUUUACCUAUAAGCGUUUUAAUUAUUAAACAUCUUGUCAAUUUUCAGCUUCUCCACAGCAACAGUUGAUUUUAUACUUUGAUUUUUAUUUUUUUUUACAUAAAUGUAGCAAAUGUAUUAAUCAUCCUAGACUUUUUUGUGUGUGUGUGUGUGUGUGUGUGUGUGUGUGUGUGUGUGUGUGUGUGAAUGUGUUUUCCAGGUGGUCAGUUGAGGGGUCAGGUAACAUCAGCGUUAGCGUCAGCCCGAGCUGCUUGGAUCAGAGCGCGUUAGUGAGAAUGAUAAAUGACGGUUUUUUUUAUAAGAAACACACGUUUGCUUUACGUUCAUGAGACAAAGAAUGUGAUAAAAAAGUAGCAGAUAUCACUGUUUUAGCAACAAAAAAAACUUAAAACGCUUGGUUGGUUUUGAAAGAUGUUAUUUAUUGUCGGAGCUGCGCGGAGACGACUUCAGGUGAAUGAACGGUGGCCUCUGAAUGAGAAAUACACAUAGAAUAUAACACAAGCAUUCACCAAAACAGCAGCACCUCUAUUUUUAUAAAUCCUUCAAAUAAAAAAAAUAAAAAAGUUAAAAAAAAAAAAA